CACUAUAGAAGUGUGCGCAUCGCAUAUUUGAUAAGUAAUCGAAGACAUUCGUAGUAUCAACGAUGUUGUGCUAGACUCCAUCACUGAAGACUAAAGCCGCCAUGGACACCGCUACCGCCGAUCAGGGCUCUGCUACCGACCAGGCCAGGAGGAGAGAUGAAACUGCUAUACCGGACCAACCGACUAAUACGAAUCAGGGCAAACGCCCCGCAGAUGACCUAGACAGUGAUACACUCGCCUGGAGGGAAUAUGUGACAGAGGAGCAGUUAAAGAAUGCAGAGGAGGUGCUACAGGUGUUUAUUGAUCAUCCUUCGCUACGACAAUGCCUCAAAGUACCAGAUGGAGCGCCGUUGAAGCCACUGUUCAUUGUGGGGCGUAAACUGUUUGCGCCGACUAUGAACGACAAGAAAGCGCAUCAGGCGGAUAAGAAGAUGAAGAACAAGCAAAAGGAUCGCCAGAUCAUCUCGUCGUCCGCAAUUCUCAAGAAGAAGCAGUUGCAGAAGGACAUGUACAUGAACGCGUUGACACCAGCGCCAGAUGCACUGUUGCUGACCUCACAAGUGGACGAUCCUAUACCUGCAUGCACCCCAGCACCACAGCUCACGAUAGCCAAUGAAGGUGAUGGACAGGUUGAAGGGACCACAGACAAUGCAGCUACACAAAGUCCAUAUUCACAGAAGGACUCGGAGGGCACUGAGCGUACACAGUCGGAUAAUGCAGUGCAGGAUGAGGCGCAGGAUGACGACAGUAGACCGAGACUGCUCAAGUUCGCGCGCAAAUGCUGUAUCUGUGGCAUUCCUUAUCGGGAAGUGCAUGUAUUUUACCACAAAAUGUGUCUGAAGUGUGGAGACUUCAAUUACCAGAAACGUCUGGAAACAUCGGAUCUCAGCAACCGCACAGCCCUGGUGACUGGUGGGAGGGUGAAGAUUGGUUUCUACGUGACCCUGUCUCUGCUGAGGUGUGGGGCGACCGUGAUAGUCACCACCCGUUUCCCGCAGGACGCCGGAGUGCGGUUUGGUAGAGAGGGAGACUUUGCCCUAUGGAAGCACCGACUGUUUGUGUACGGCUUGGACUUCCGUGACGUUGCGGCGGUGCACGCGUUCACGGCGUCUGUGCGCGUUAACUUUACGCAUCUGGACAUCCUCAUUAACAACGCGGCUCAGACGGUCCGCAAACCCCCCGGAUUCUACAAGCAUCUCAUGGCCGGCGAAUCGGAUCCUGCGACGCUAUUGAAAGAGGGCCAAGUGGAUCGUGUUGAUGCAGACCACCUGAGGGUUGUGUCCAGUUUCGACCCGCACAGACAGAACCAUACGGCGAUCAAGGCCGCGGGAGGGAAUGCGAAUACAACUGGAAAUGCCUUACUACCAGCAGAUGAAGCAGAUGCUCAAAAGGGGACUUUGGCCAAGACGUCCACAUCAGCCGACGCAAUUGGUGUGGCCUCUGGAUCCGCCACACUGAGCCAAAUGGUAGUCAUGACCGGAGAUGACAUACACGAAGACGAACACGGCACUACUCUGUUCCCAGAGGGCAAACUAGACGCAGAUCUGCAGCAAAUCGAUCUGAGGAAAGUGACCUCGUGGGUGCAGCCUUUGCAGGACAUCAACGUGGUUGAGUUCGUCGAGUGCCAAGCCAUCAACAUGAUGGCGCCCUUUGUGCUGAACUCUGAGCUCAAGGGUCUGCUAGACAAAAGCCCGCACGAGGACAAGUACAUCGUCAACGUCUCUGCAAUGGAAGGGCAGUUCUACCGCAAGAACAAGUCAGACAAGCACCCGCACACCAACAUGGCCAAAGCAGCCCUAAACAUGAUGACCCGAACCUCGGGUGCAGGGUACGCCAAGGACCAUAUCUACAUGACCAGUGUAGACACAGGCUGGAUCACCGAUGAAAAUCCGUCGCACCUUCUGGAGAACAGAUCUGACCCUCCGCCACUGGACGAUGUAGACGCCGCCCAACGCAUCCUCGACCCGAUCUACAUGGGCACCAAGGAUGCCUCUAAGCGUAUAUAUGGCGUCUUCUUGAAGGACUAUCGUGUGGUGCGGUGGUGAGCAGCGAGUCUUUCCUCGGAGAUCAACAGAGCUUACGCAGUACUCCUUCCCAUAGCUAGCGCAUCCAGAACAAGGUUAAGACAAUCUCGGGCAAAUGAAGGAACCGCUAUGGUUGGUCACUAGGGUACUCAGACGAGGAGAGUAUGCCAUGGCGCACAUUACAUGGUAGUGAGAGCAUCUUUCACGCGUAUAGAAACCUAGCCACCUCUCUGUUUGAUAGAGUAGUCUUGCUGAUGCUGACUAGAUGUUAGUGUGGCCUAUGUAAGUACAUCACAGCAGGCAUUGUGGUGCGUUUGAUCCAUGCGCGUUGUGGAGAAUGCGAUGGGGCUCUCAAAAGCCCUCUCAACAGUUAGACAGUGUACAACGUUGAACUGUUAAUUAAUUAGCAGGCUUACGCAGCAGCUCUGUAUCAUGCCGUACGUAAUUGUAGCUGUUGUAUGUUAUAUGACCAGGCAGUGAGGUAUAUAGAGACUUCGCAAUGAAUAGUAUUGUUCUGGUACGUGACUAUCGCCGGGUAGCUCAUGAAACUUGCUACUUGAAAGUGUGCUGGUGUUCUCCUAUGACAUGUGGGUAUAGCCACAUAGCAUGAGGACGAAUAGAUAUGGUGUCUAGCUAAGUAGCAGGUUCACACAGGCAUUCACAGUACACACAGUGAAGACAGCCCAAAAAAGUAACACGUAGACGCGGCAUCACCGUAUGAUAAGCUGUGUACGAAAGAUAAACAUGCAUGACACUCAUGGACGAUGGCAGGCAGCGAAUGUAAUCUAUCUUAAUAAACCGAACCCAAAAUCUGAG